CUGUCCCAGAAGCUGCGUUGCCUAGGCCCCUGCCUCGCUGACUCGAGCCUCGUCAUCGCAGUGUUGCCGACAGCCAAUCCAACCGGUGGCGCUGCUCGAUGGUUGGCGUAA